GUCAUUGCCUACCUACAAUAUGAACAUGUGAUUCAUAGAGUUAACAUGUUUCUCCUGCUAUUCUUGCAGGUAGAGGGACGAUCACAAGCUGAGGAUGUCGUGGAAUCGUUACUAAAAAAUUCUGAUCAGCCAAUUCCGGAUACUAGCAUGAUGACCUUCCCAGAAAUGAAUCUCCUGAGGUAGAAGACAAAGAGGCCAUGAAGAAGCCAACUCUGACUAGGCAUAGGACAUUUGAUCCUAAUCCCGUCUCCACGAACAAGUUGCAGAGCUCCUUGGCAGAAACUGAACGAACCAGAGCUCUCUUUGCUCUUGCAUUUGACAGCCCUGCUCUAGAUAUGCCACAUCUAUUAUGGAAGACAUAUAGCGAGUUUGAAAUAUCUGAAGCUGAAUAUGAAAGAAGUAAAGCGCUUUAUGAGAUGCUUCUGGAGCGAACAAAACGGUUGAAGUUGUGGAUCAGUUAUGCCCAGUUUGAGGCAUUUGCUAUGAUAAAGGUGGUUGACUUGGCUGAUAAGAGAAAAUGCGUUGAGCGAGCAAGAGAUGUGUUUGAAAGGGGGCUUAGCUAUUUCAGAAGCUGUGGCCCUGAAAUGAAAGAGGAAAGGGCAACGCUUUUGGAAGAGUGGUUGGAGAUGGAAAACAGGUUUGGUGAUGUUGAAUUGGUUCGUGGUAAGCUGGCGCCGAAACUGAAGAAGAGAAACUGAGGAUGGUAUAGCCGGGUAUGCGAUGCACGACUUGACUCGACUCGACUCAUCCUUGGCAAGAAUCAAUAUUUGGUACAUAAUUUGCAUUAUUGAGUCUCAACUGUAUUUCAAAUAUGUGACUAAGAGAAG